AUGCUGUGGGUUGCUGCCAAGCUCAGUGCAGAUCUGUCCAAUUCCCAACUUUGCUUGAUCCAAGACGGAAUGGACCAGGCAAAGGUCCGUAUUCCACGAUGGGGUUACGGACGGAUUUCAAAGUCUUGUGAGAAGCUGUACCGCCCCGCGAUGCAUUUGGUGGCCAAUUGGGCCCAUGGCUGGCGGCUGACGAUUCACCUUAGCUGUGAGGACAUGAAGAAAGACAGUGUGACCAGCAUCGAGGUGCUUUGCAAAUCGCUUUGCGGCAUUCUUGAUGGGUGCGGUUCAAUGCCACUAGGCAUAUACCUACAACAUGACAAUACAUACAGGGAAGCCAAAAACAGGUACAUGUUGAAUUUUUUAUUGAUGCUGCAGCUCCUUGGUGCGGCAAGGGUCGUGGCCAUGGGAUUCCUCAGGGUAUCCCAUUCCCAUGAGGAUGUUGAUCAAGCAUUUGGCCAGAUUGCCAGACUGCUGGCUGGUAAGACUCUGAUGUCUGAUCAGGAGAUGCUGACUUUAUUGAACGAUUGUUUCAUGUCUGCUGCUGACCCUGGAGAGACUUCAGGCCGCCUGAGGGGUGCAAAUGCAGACGCUGUCAAACUAGACCAAGCAGCUUUAUGGAAGAACUUUGUGGGCCAAACCGGCCUGAGCUUCAAGGGGUUGCGCCAUGUGCACUUUUUCAAGUUUACUCUUCGCAAAGAUCUGGGUACCAGUGUUCUCGAUAACAUUCUGAAUCUGGAAGAGUAUGGCCGAGGGCAUGUUCCUCAUGAAAAUGAUGUCUUUUUGGUGACAAAACGCUGGCUGGCAGAUUCUGAAGUGCUUCGGGCCACAGUGGUUGUGCCCGCAUCUGUUGCGAGCCAAAUUCGGACCGGCUUCCAUCCACCAGCAGGAAUUGCAGAAAGAAGAGCUAUCGCAGAGAAUGUGCGCAAAAACCUUGCCAAAAGAGUUCCGAUUUUGAAGCGCAGUGGUGAAUUGACAGCUUCAGGCGCUGAAUAUUUGACACGAUGGAGUACUGCUACUUUGAAUCAUGAGCAAAGGAGGAAAGUUGAUGAGGACGUCGUCCAGGAGAUCCUCUUUGCAUCGGAAGAUGAAGGGGGAUGCCGUGGUGAGCAGUGCUCCGACACCAAUGAACUCCUGCUGGAAUCAGAUGUAGAAGAAGCAGUCGUUGGAGCUUUCGUGGAGGACUUUGUGCACAAUCAGGUCUUUGCAGAUCUCCGAGAUCUUUUGGCCAAGAACCUGGGGCAUGUGAACUCGACCCUCCGGGUUGGCAGCCUUUUCUCUGGGUGGGGAGUUCUGGAGAUGGUGUGCCAGGAUUUGCAGAAAUGCUGGAAUUCGGUCCAGCCCAGUGGUUCUUCAUUGGAGGUUCAAUUGAAGUUCAUGGCCGAGCUUUGUCCCAGGAAGCAGAAGUACCUGUCCUCCAGAUUUCCUCAUGCGCACCUUUUUUGUGACGUGUCCGACAUGGGCAAGAAGUUUGCCAGAACUGCAAACGGAUGUUCUGAAGCUGUCGAUUUGCUGGUUGGUGGCUUUCCAUGUGUCUCCCUUUCAAUGUUGACAACGACUCCCGGAAGUGUGCUGGAUCCAGACUGCAGCAGUGGCAAAGGCUAUCUCGGAUUGGAAAAGUACGUGAGGUUUGACCUCAUAGAGAAGCGGUUCUCAAGUCUGGGGUAUCUUGUUUCUGGGGCGAUCUACAACGCGGCAGACUUCGGGGUCCCGCAGCAGAGGCGCCGUGCAUGGCUGCUGUGUGUCUUGAAGUCAGAGAUUGCCUGUGACGCUGCCAAGCUGGAAGCUGAUGUGAACCGAUUCCAGCGGAAGAAUGUCCCACUCUCUAGCUGUCUGAAUCUCAAAGAUUGGCCAAGUGUCAAUUCCAUGAAGGGCAAGGGUGGUAAGGGUGGCAACAAGUGGGAGGACAGCUUUGCAGAACAGUGCAAGAUCUUUGGGAAGGAGACACACGACAUGUUUUUGGAUUGCGUGUAUUUUCUUGAAUUGGAGUGA